AUGACAGUUUUAACUAAAUCUCCAAAAAAAGCCGCAGAAUUUAUAAAAAAAGGCGGAAUAGUCGCCUUUCCGACUGAAACGGUUUACGGUUUAGGUGCAAAUAUUUUUGAUGAAAAAGCAGUCGGCAAAAUCUUUGAAGCCAAGCAAAGACCGAACGAUAAUCCGCUUAUUGCACACGUCGGAACGCUCGAACAAAUAAAGCUUUUGACGGAUAAGAUCACUCCGAAUGCGCAGAAAUUCAUUGACGCAUUUUUUCCUGCCGCGCUGACUUUGGUUUUGCCGAAAUCCGAAAAAGUUCCGCUGAUCGCCACCGCAAAUCUCGCCACUAUCGGCGUGAGAAUGCCGAAAGACGAGCUUGCGCGUGAAUUUUUGAAACAUUGCGAACCGCCCGUUGUCGCGCCGUCG